UCAAGCUUAUUCUUUACUCAAUUCGCAGUCUCCUUUAACAUUCAUCUUAACAGCGUAAAGCUAAUACAAAGAAUGCAGUACACUGUGUAAUCUUUGCCAUAAUGGCUUGACAUAACUGGCCAGCUAUGGAAGCAUGCAUAACAAGCCUAAUGCAACAACAAGCUUGAAUGUGAUCGACGCAAUGCGUUUUUUACACAUCAUUACAAAAUUUGUAUAUAGUUCGUUUUUUUUGUAUACAACAGAGAGCCGCAAGAGGCCUAAGCCCAAUCACUCUGCCUAGUUAGAGAUGGCUUUGGAGGUCAACACAAGGCAGUAGUCCAACAUCGCAUUCUGCAUCUCGACGUUGUCGAGUUUGAGCAGGCCGGCAGGUUUUCAUAAUGUUGUAUCGACACAUCCAGCGUCAGUGAUCUGAUCCACAGGAUGACUAAGAAGCGGCUCGCCGUGCCUGACAAUAUAUUCUGCAGCGCAAGCUCGGAAGACUGCAAUACUCGAAGGAAACAUGGUUCAGCCAGCCAGCCCAUCGAAGGAGUGCAGCUGUAGAACCUUUUCUACAGGAAAAUGAAGGCACUAGCGGCAUUCAUGACGAGACUGAAAGUCACUGCCAAGAUGCCCAAUUGGCCCACGAGCGAUUGGCAGACCAGAGUGUACCACCAGGAGAGCCACAAGCAAACCUGCUUCCAAAGCCCCACGAGCCAGUGCAGAUACCGGUGCCAUUGCAGAUACCGGUGCCAACGCAGAUACCGGUGCCACAACAGCCAUUGCCGCCACAACCAAACCUGCUUGCAAAGCCCCACGAGGCACUGCCAGUGCAGAUACCGGUGCCACAACAGCCAAUGCCGCCACAACCAAACUUGCUCCCACAGCAACCAGACAUGGUUUGUGAUGCUGUGCGCGCAGAAGACACCAACCAGGAUGCAGAUGCCAUGGCCACGCUACCUCCACUGUUGGCUCUGGUAAAUAGUGAGGUGCACCUUGGCAAAGGUGUCUUUGUCAAAGAAGAGCAAUGGUCAUGGCUGUUGUCGCGACCAAAAGACUUGUUGUUUUGCAAGGAAGCCACGAAGCUCCUGUGGGGUAUCCCUAACUUGAGGAAUAGGAGCCUCACAGGAGCACCCUGUCGGCGCUUCCUAAAGCAAGAAAACCUGGCGCCACCACGGAAAGCACUGACGCCUGAAAAGCUGCAGGCUGUUGCGAAUGGUUUUGCAGCCUACGUCAGCAAGAAGGCCUCUGAGACGCCAAAAGCAGACAGAUUAAGAAAGAUGAAUCGGUUUAUUGCAGAAAUGUUGAAUGAUCUGAAUAAAUAGUGUUAAGGGGGAAACAAU